UAUUUUAUUUGGCUAGGGUUUAGGUCUGCGAAGAGGAAGCGUCCUACACACAGCUCGGCGGUGUGCCAUGCGGUAAUCUCAGCAAUGCUCCGGGGCCGUGAGAGCUUGAUUCGGCUUGUUGGGAAGCGGCAGCGCAAUGUGUCACUCCCGGCUCGGGAAGAGUUGGAGUGCGGUGAUGUUUCGCUGGAAAUAAAAGGAGGCCUGAGCUUAGCUUGUUGUGACUGGGUGGAAUGCCCUGUGUGUGGGAAGCAAAUACGCGGGAAUGAACUUCUCGUCAACUGCCAUCUUGAUACUUGCCUGCAACGUGGGAAGAAAAAGAAGAACAGUGUCCAGCAUACACUCUUUCACUUCAACUUGUCGAAAAAGGUAGAGUAUGAGGAAAGCGGAAACUGCGUACUAGAAAUCCAGCAGUCUCCUCCGCUCGAGACUGGGGUCGACUGUAACACGGCGGCAGGGUCUCCGGAACCGGAAGUUUCUUCUACUCUUGAAUGCUUUGAGGAGCCCGACGUGGCCAACAGCGUCCUUCCGGCAGAGCUCAACAGUGAAACUAGAGAUCUUUACAAUGGCUGCCUGGAGGCAAGGAUUGCUGGCCGCAAGUACCACAGAGACGUCGAGUGCCAAGCUGGGAUGCGAGUUCACCUGGUAAGGGAACCAGAAAAUCCCAUGGAUACAUACGCUGUGAAGGUGCUUACGGCGGAUGGGCUUUCGCUGGGACAUAUUCCAAAAGAGCUUUCGCGUUAUUUGUCUCCUCUCAUGGACAAAGGCGUGGUAGACGUUCAGGGAUAUGUCUCCGAGAGUACAUCGGAAGCUGCACGCCUCAAGCUUGAUUUGCGUGAGAUCCAGAGUCGGACUAUUGGAAGUCUCUCAGAAGAAAAAGUGCUGGCUGUCAAAUGGAGCCGUCUGAUGGAUGCAGCUGACAAGGGACAAGACCACGGCUGUCGAUACCAACAGAAUUUUCUCUACAUGCUCCAAGUGGUAUUGGAACGGGAUCUCCAUCUCUUUACUCCAGACGAGAUCGAACUUCUCGAGGCAUUUCGUUCAAUCUCGUCUGAUGGACAGCGCCUUUUUGUAAGAUUGGCUCAACGAAAGGGGCCAUGGUUCCGUCUUCAGAACAUUUUCUAUGAAGAUAUUGGUGACACAAAUUCUGCAGUCCAUGAGUUAGUCGAGAGACGCUACUUAGUUUUCAACGCGGACGUCAAUUCGUCGGAGUUGCUUGAACAUCUGACUGUACAAGAGCUCAAAGAUUUGGCAGUGAACAGCAAAAUCAUGAUCAAAAGUGCUACGCUAAGUUUGAAAAAGAUUCAGCUUAUUACAGCAAUUCGAGAUGCAUUAAUUUCGCUGCAUUUUAAUCUAACGGCUUUAAUUCGUGAAGCAACCGGCCCAUGCAUUCGAAUAGCCGAAACACUUGAAGUUCUACUUUGGCGUUUACAGAGGCUGUUCUUUCUAAACGGUGAGCAGGAGUUCCAUGUUUUUCUUCUUGUGGAUAUUGGAAGGAUCAAGUAUCCAAGCUAUAGGUGCGCUAGAACAAUGCCAGUCUUUGCUUCUCGAGAGGACUUUCUGGCGUAUGAGCAGGCAUUGCAAUUGGCUCAGGUGGUUGACAUGUCUCUGGAAGCUGGUAAUUCUGAGGCUGUAAACUCCUCUUUUCGAAAAGCAAGGACUACUCUCGAAUUGAUCAAUGCACACACCGAGAUCAAGCAUCCAUUUUUAGCACGAUUUUCGGCUGCAUGGGUGUAUGCAACAAUCUGUACUGUGGCUGCAUCGUUUCUGGAGAAAGAACGCAGAUAUGCUGAAGCUAUAAACCUCUUCAAGCAGCUCCUUAGCAUGCAGUAUUGUCCUGGACGGAGAGGAUACUGGACUCUCCGGCUAUCUAUUGACUUGGAGCACUUACAGCGUUUAGAAGAGAGCCUGCUCGUUGCAGAAAACGGAUUAAAUGAUUUCAGCGUCCGAGGAGGGGAUCGUAUUGCUUUGCAACGGAGGGUUCUCCGACUAGGAAAACCUCCUAGAAGGUGGAAAGUACCUCCAUAUGCAGCGCUUUUAAAGAAAAAACAAAAGGUGGUGACGAUUAUGGGAAGGCCGCUAAACAAUGCCAAUGGAAUGAAGAGCAGAUUUUAUGGCUACGAUGGGCAACAAUGCAGUGUGGAGGACCUGGCACUUCAAUACUAUGCCGGAGAAGAUGGAGGCGGCUGGAAAGGAGUCCAUUCAGAAAGUGGCAUAUGGCUGACAUUGUUCGGGCUGCUCAUGUGGGAUGUUAUCUUUUCAGACGUUCCAGAUGUCUUCCAGACACCUUUUCAGACUGCACCAUUGGACUUGUGCACGGAUUCAUUCUAUCCAGUCCGAAGCUCGCUUAUUGAAUCUCGUCUUCAAGCCAUACGCGAUGGCGGAGCUAGGCAACUCGUGGCUGAGACUUGGGCAGAGCACUACGGGACAUCAUGUAGCGGGGUAAACUGGGAGAAGUACUCGCUUGAAGACCUUCAAACAAUAACGGUCUGUAUCGGAGGUCCAGGAUUGUCGGUGAUUUGCAAGCUUCUUGCAGAAGACCACAGUAACUGGACGGCUGGAAUGCCUGAUCUUCUGCUGUGGAAGGAGAAAGAGGCGAGGCUGGCCGAAGUCAAGGGUCCAGGGGAUCGCUUGUCCGAGCAACAGGUGGCCUGGUUUCUGAUUCUCUCGGACGCUAAUGUUCCAGUGGAACUUUGCAAGGUCUCCAAGACGAUGAAUGAUCGAUCCUAGAUGAGUAGUGCCGGGCCCGAGACGGCUGCGCAGGCCUCUGCAACUUGCUCCGCCUUGCUUGAAGUCAUAAGAACCGGUAAGCACCCGCUGUGGACUGCCAAGAAUCCAUUGCGCGCUACACACAGCCAGUGCCAAGUCCUCAGUGUCACCGUCUCAAGAGCUCUUCGAUCGGGACCGCGAGGUGAUAGAAUCACCACUCGGCCUCCACCGUCAUCUUAAAGAUCCUCUCGGUGGAGGAUCAGGAAAUGCGAGUUCCAAAGAGAUGAAUCACGAGGGAUUCCAUGCACCUUAAAGAACAUCCCCCGCGACUCUGUCAUCCUUGAUGAGUAUCCUAUCGAACAAUGCAGUUGCUUGCUCCAUAUCCCCAUUGUGGGCAUGGAGUCCGUUGGGAGAACAUGUAGAGACUAACCAUCAUCGCACUGAGGCAUCCCAAAGAAGAUUUGGCUGGCGUGAUGCAUGUCUCGGCCCGAGCCAAGCCCGAAGAGCUCGUUGCGGCAUGACAAAGUCUUUGCCUCGUCAAUCGGGGCAUAUGUGCUCACUAUUGUCGUCCAGGUCACCACCUUUGCCUCGUCAUGAUGCCCAAAGUGGGCAUAUGUGAUAGCAGAAUGUGACUUGCUCGCCAGGAUGAGCCCAACACGGGAGGAUUCGAGUGCAGGGCUCUGGGUCCCAAGCUCUAUCUCCUUGCAAAUCGGUGAGCGUCUUCGAUGCACGCAAGAAUCAAUGGAGCUUCGCAGCACCAAUGCUGCGUUCUCCACCGCAGGAAACGAAAUCUUUUACAACCAGGUGAUCCUGAGCUCGCCCGGUGGUGCCGGACAGACGCUUGUUUUCGCAGCCCAAGAUCUUUCCUGGGAAGUGGCGACUGGAUUGCCCCGGCGCCACUACUUUGUGCACCUAUGGAACGACAUGGCCGGAUCAUUGUGUUGGAGGCAAGAAUGCAGCUGACGACCGCUUCUUCCACCGAUCACAGGUUUUUCUUCCGCGCCGUUCAGAUUCUUCGAGCUUAGAUGAGCUACUAGCUAAAGAUGAAUAAGUUAUCUACAAGGAUGUCGUGUUUGCAGAUGAAAAGUUCUAUGAAAUGGUUUUUUUC